AGUGUGGCUCAACUGGGCACGGCACGUAAAACAGAAAUGCAACACUUUGUGCCGUCAUAAUAAAUCGAACAAAACACUCAAUUGAAACACACAAAGAUGUACUUUCAAUAGCCGAUCGUUAUUGGUUAACACAUCACUUGGGGUGUGUGAAAAAUAUUCGACUUUAUCGGUGAUACAGUUCAGUGGCCAACGUUCAAAAGGCGGCAAGUGCAUUGUUUUAAAUUGAUCGAGAGUACCCGUACUUCUCCGCUCGGAACCCUGAAUUUCCCAACUUGUUCAAGCCGUUGGUAGUCGGUAAACCUCGCAUCCCCGUCACUGUCUUAAAGCGCGUGCAUUUCGUAACUUUUGAUUAGUUUUUUUUUGUGCGACUCGAUUCGUCUCCAAGUGCCGUCACUGCACCCGCCGAAGCUACGUUUGGAAUACUGGUCUUGCGUUUUUCGUAACUUACUCGUAUCGCCGCCUACAUCGCAUAAUUGCCGACUUUGUUGCUGUUGCCUCUUCUUGCACAGAUUGAACAGCGACGGUGCUAGAAACACAAAGUUCACAUUUUCACAAAGAAAAAGUUAAGAAACAACAAAUAAUAAAAUCUAACCGACGAAAAUGUGUUGUGAGCAAAGUUUUAAUGAAAAUGUGUAAUAAAUAAAACGAAUUCAUUUAGCCGAAAGUGCCCGACUACACCGUUCAUUACAAGUGUUUGCCAGUAUAUAAGUAUGUACAUAUGUACAUACAUACUUGCUUAAAUAUGUGUGCGACGCACGUGCAAAAAAAUUGAAAUUUUUCUAUUGUACAAUUUUAUGAAUACACACAAAAAUAAAUAUAAAAAAAGCGUACCUGUAAAUCAAUUACAGAAAAAAUUCAGCUGCCACAUACUGCUGGUAAAUAACAACAACAAAAAACUAAAAACAACACAAAACAAAAGGCAACCACAAAUUUGUUGGCAAACAUUUUUUGUACAAAAAUGUCUUUAAAUGCGAAUCAAAAGCGGCAAUGCUCCGGCAACACGCCUUUCAUCCGACUUGCUGCCUUCGCCAUUUUGGCGCUUGUGUGUUGCCUAAAAUUGGACGUUCAGGCGCACGUGGCUUUAACUUAUCCACCUGCACGCCAAUACGAUUUGGAUUUCUUGGAUAAUUCGCGCACAAAGGCGCCAUGUGGCAUGCCCAAAGGCUCCAUACGAACUUCAUUGCUGUCCGGCUCCCAAUUUAAUGUUACGUGGCAUUUGGCCUAUGCACAUAAGGGCGGGUUCCGCUUACAAUUAUUGGAUGCUCUCGAUCGACCUGUCCUGGAUUUGACGCCACACGUAAACAACUCCGAGUUUGUGCGCACCGAUGCAACGGCCCAGUCCUAUCAAGUUAGCAUACCCAAGGAUUUCGAGUGUCAAAACUGUACGCUGCGACUGGAACGUCAAGCUGUUGAAUGGUCCGGCGCCUAUCGUUUCUGGUCCUGCUCAGAUGUGGAUAUUAAACAGCGCAAAGACUUUAGAGAGAACUGUUCCGGAAAAGGAAAAUACUUCCCAUCCCGCUGCAAAUGCGAAAAGAAUUACUAUGGGCCCCAGUGCCAGUACAAGGAUGAAUGCAGCACCAAUGCAGAUUGCGGCGCUCAGGGCCAGUGCAUAGAUGUAGAAGGUACCUCGUUGCCCCGACGUCAAUGCUACUGUAACUUCGGCUGGUAUGGCAUUGGGUGCAACAAACGCUCGCCGUACAAGACCACUAAUCUGGAUCUGACAUCGUACAUCAAGAAGGAACUCUCGCCCGAUUUUCAUAUUUUCUGGAGGCUGUUAGAAAAGCAAAAGGAAAUUGAGCUGGUCCUAAAGGUGAACAGUACUUCAUGGGUUGGAUUGGGUUGGCGUCCCCGAGGACUUACGCCGGAGUGCAAGAAUUUCCCAUUGAUACGUGAUAUAGGGGAUUUAACAACGACUCUUGAGAGUUCCGUACCAGAACCAGAGCCCAAAUCUGAACCAGAACCCAAAUCCGAACCAGAACCCAAAUCCGAACCAGAGCCUAAAUCUGAGCCAGAGCCUAAAUCUGAACCAGAGCCAAAGUCUGAGCCAGAGCCUAAAUCUGAACCAGAGCCAAAGUCUGAGCCAGAGCCUAAAUCUGAGCCGGAACCUAAAUCUGAGCCGGAACCUAAAUCUGAGCCGGAACCUAAAUCUGAGCCGGAACCUAAAUCUGAGCCGGAACCUAAAUCGGAGCCUGAACCUAAAUCGGAGCCAGAACCGAAAUCUGAGCCGGAACCCAAAUCAGAGCCUAAACCACAGCCUACCGCCGAACCACAGUCUAAACCGGAGCCUGAACCACAGCCCACAUCCGAACCAGUGCCUAAAUCGGAGCCUGAACCACAGCCUACAGCUGAACCACAGUCCAAGCCAGAACCUGAACCCCAGCCCACAUCAGCACCCGAGCCUCAUCCGACAUCGGAACCUCAACCUAGUAGCGAACCGUCUCCUACAAAAACGAAACGUGUGGCUCAUCACGAUGGCCACGAACAUGAUGAGAUGGAUGGUGUGACAUCUGUUGCCACCAGUGUAUCAUAUCGCGUUAGCAGCAAAUCAGGACGCAGCCGUCGUCAAGCCACAGAACCAACCCCAAAUCCCGAACCAACAAGUGAACCUCCAAGUACCCCUGAGCCAGAACCACAGGCGGGUAAUUCGGCUGAAGCAAGCUCUCCUGAGCCAGUACCAAAGCCAGAAAUAUCUGCCAAAUCUCCCGAACCUGAACCUGAACCGAAGCCAGAAAUAUCAGCCAAAUCUCCCGAACCUGAGCCUGAGCCUGAACCGAAGUCAGCUGAAGCAAGCUCUCCCGAACCUGAGCCUAAGUCGGCCAAAUCGGGUGGAUCAAGCUCUCCGGAACCUGAGCCUAAGUCGGAACCAGAACCUCAGCCUAAAAAAUCUGCACCACUAAAAGUAGAGCCCCCAAAUUCAGAACCCAAAUACAAGCUGAACCCAUACACACCACGAUAUGACUUUAAUCCUAUGGACUGUACGGAUAUUGUCAUUGGUACGGCACGUGGCUUAGCCAGCCGCGUGGGCGACUACUAUUCUCGGGAUCGUUCAACACCGAAAAUUGACGAGAUCUUUGGUGGCAAAUCCGACCUGUCUCUGGGAACUGGCUUCGAGGAGAAUGGUGUCACUACCAUAAUAUUCCGCAAGAAACUCGUGGCCACUGAGCCAACUGAUCACACGCUGGACGAUACACUAACACAUGUGAUCUGGGCGAAAGGUCAGCCUCCUACUAAAUACGUUCAUGUGCCAGCCUCUGGCUUGGAAACAGAAUCGUCAUCAAUUAGGGACUUCUAUCAGCAAGAUGAAUUAAAGUAUCACGGACAUCAAAUGCAGCGAGGCGUCACUCAAAUUAACUUCUUUGAAAAAGAGAGGCCUAGUGGUACAACCGAUCGCAACGAUCUAACCACAAAUGUACUGGACAAUGACUGCUACGGUCAUUGGAAGUAUCCGCCGAGCUGCUCUCCCCAGGAGCACAGUUGCGAGUACUAUGCGUCAUGGGAAACAGUUGGACGCGGCGAUGAGAUGCGCUGGCAUAUUGAGACGACGAACACACAGACCUGGACUGGCAUCGGCUUCAGCGAUGACGAGCGCAUGUCACAAACCGAUACAAUUAUUGGUUGGGUAGACGGACGCACUGGUCGGCCAUUCCUGAUGGACACCUGGGUGCUGGGCUACGCACCACCCAAGCUGGACGAUCGACAGGACAUUUAUAAUGCAUCUGGUCGCAUUGAGAAGGGAGUUACAAUUCUGGAGUUUAACCGUAAACGCGUCAGCAAUGACGAACAGGAUUUGUCCUUUACAGACGAUCACUGUCUAUACCUAUUCUUCCCCGUACUGGGCGGUGCAUUCAAUGUGGUCAAUAAGAAGAUUCGUAAACACGAACAGGUACCACCGAUAUCCCCUCAACGCGUAUGCAUUAAGUCCUGCGGUAAAGAGCUAGAGUCCGUAUAUGUUGGUACAAGCACUCCUGCACCCAGUCGCUUGGUUUAUGCCGUUGGCGUAAAGCUUAUGAAUCUCGCUGAAUCGUUCGAAGCACCCAAACCCGGCACUGUGGAAUUCAAUAAUCUGGCUGCAACUAUCUCGGACUCUUUCAAUGGUAUAUUAAGUCCCAUACCCGGCUACUAUAAGACAGAAAUAUUAGGAUUUGAAAAGGAAGGCACAACUAUGUUGGCCAAGGUUCAGGCCCUGUUCGAUAAGGCCGAUGUUGAAAAAAUGCACGCCCUCGACACCAACAACAUUGAUAAGGAUGCUUCGGAAGCCGUACAAAAGAACGCGGAUGUCAUCAAAGCCGCGCUCUUGGACCACAUUGCGAGCGGCAAGGUGGGCUCACUAACAGUGGAUCCCCAGUAUUUGGACUUUGAGGCAUUGGAAUAUAAAUCUGCAGAAGAUACUAAGGAAACACUUUUGUCCUUCUUCGACUUGUCCGAGACACGUUUGUAUAUAGUCUUAGGUCUAAUUGCAGCCCUAGUGCUUAUUGCCCUGAUACAGGCAUUCUGUACCAUUUGGAAGACGUCCCGCAAAAGCAAAAAUACCAAGGAGAAACUAAUUCAGAACUCUCCCUGGAAGGAGUUUGCUUCAAACACAAACUACGCAUUUGAUCCAUAUGGCGAAACUGAAGAGAAGCACAUGACCACCAGUACCACAGCCAAGGAGAAGGCUCGUAACCGCUCUACCACAAGCAGUCAGCAAACCACCCUGCCAAUGUCUCAUUCGCCAACAAGCAAAUCCCAAUUAUACUACGAGAACACAAACGGACAUGGCAAGAAUCGUAGUAGUGGCGGCACUGCUGGAGACGGUGCUCGUAGCAAUGGUCGCCAUAUGACCCAGGAGAGCAGCACAGCUGCCUCGGGGCCAUAUUCACGUGGCUCCUACGCGGAUCGCGCAUAUUCGCUGCCACGCCAGCAUCAUUACCAACAAAGCUCGGCCAACAUGCAGCCCUCGGGCUAUUACACUCAUGAUCGGCGUGCAGCACGUCAGGCGAGCAGCGAAGAGCGACGCGGCGGACGGGAGUCCAGUUACGAUCGUUCCCGCGAUGAUCCACGCCUCAAUUCCAAUGGGGGCGCGGACACGCCCGACUUUUACUUCAUGCCAUCACAACGGAAAUACUCAGGCGAAGUCGUGCGAGUUUAUGUGGACUACAACAAGGAUCCAAAGCACUAAAGCAGGGUACAAAAUAUAACUGCAUGCACAAAAUGUGAAGGCUUAUUUAAAGCCCUUUUCAAGUCUUUCUACCACUCCACCUCAGUGUUGGAAUGUUAUGCCUUUUUUGUUUUUUCGUUUCGAUUGCCAUAAUGCAGUUUCCACUGAAUGCGUUUGGAGGGCAGUACGAUUGGGAGUUUCGCAAAUAAAUGGGUUUGUUGGUGCGUAGCUUUAUACAUGCACAUGUACAUACAUUAUUAUGUAUGUAUGUGAUAACACAAACACACACACAAACGCUGCUAGAGUUCAGAGAGAGUUUUCCACCAAUUAGUAAAUUGUAUAUAUUUUUCCAUGUGUAUAAAGUGAAAUGUUGCUUAGAAAUUAAUACUUACACUGUAAUUUUUCUCUUCAAUGUGCAAAGAAAAAUAGUCACUGUAUUUAAUCAAAUUAAUUAUAUGUAUAUUAAUAUAAUUCUUAAAACAGACAUUGAGCGAAUUACAUUUGAUAUAAUAUAUUUUAAUAAGUAUGUACUCGUAAAAUAAAAUUUAAGAUAUAAAAACA